AAUGAUGAAUGUUGUUUUGCGGAAAGGGAAUGACCGUUAGAGAGGGGGGAGUUUGGAUAUUUAAUCUGACGGAACGGGAGGCCCAAACAACAACGAGAAAGUUAUAGCAGAUAAGAUUAAUAACAAGUUAACUAGAUAAUACCCCUUAAGGGAAUGGUGUAAAAAGCGCAAGGGAAGCAUGAGAGAGAAGACAGACGGGAGAAUGGUGAAGGCCCCCGCAAGAUUGUAUGAUGGAAGGUUUGGGAAAGGAAAGUUCCUUUUGCAGUUCUAGACCCUUCCAAUGGUUCGACCACGCAGAGAAUGAAGCCCCCUCCAGGUGGAAACUCUCCGAUUGCUUUUCUUCCUUUGAACAAACCACCCCUCUUGCAGAGAAACAGACAGAUUACAUGGAAAGCAGAAAGCCUGUGCUAGACCUGAAGGAUGUUCCCCCUCCACCCCCACACCAUGCAGCCUCCAAACCCUUUCCCCUCGCUCCCCUCGCUCCCCUCCCCAACCCCCCUCCUUGCCUCCAGACGCAGCCGCAAGAACCCCUGCAGCAGCAGCAGCAGCAGCCGGGCGGCCCCAAUGUAAGCGUGUGCACUCGCUGCGACGGGAGCCUCCAGCUCCAGCGCGGCGCUGACCUCCAGCACAGCAGGGCCCUGGGUUGUGGUGGUGUCGGUGGUAGUGGUGUUCCCCUACACUUCCCCAAACCUCUCGAGAUCCCGAACAGCAGGCUCGCGUGCCAGGCGGGCCCUGCCCUGCACCCUCCGUUCGCCCAGGUUCGCAGCUCGGGGAGCUGCGACCUCCGGCUGCCCUCGGUGGCCACCUCGCAGCCCCUCGCGUCUCACCAGCACCUGCCUUGCUGCUCUGGGCCGCUGCGACCGCUGCAGUCUUUCCCUCCAGUUCCUCUGACCUGUAGUCAGGCCAAACUCCUCCCCUCUGCUCCCUCUGUCCCCGCCUCCCUGCAUGGGGGGUGCUUAGUCUCCUCUGGGUAUUACCCCUGCAGUGUGGAUUACACCCCUGGAGCCAGAGGGGACCAGUACUUCCCAACACGUGGUGACCUCUCCUCCUCCUCGUCACAUGUUUGCACCAAUCCUUUGCACCUAAAUGUUGAACACACAGUUUGUCUGAAGGGCAUGCACUACUGCAGAGAAUGUUUGCGAAAGCCUGGCAGAGAGCUGGUCUCAGACACGGAAAAACUGUGGCCCAGCAUGCCACAGCUGCCUGCCCAGUCUGUCCCUAUGUGCAAUGGCUGUGGGGUCCCUGGAACAUCUGCCGAUGGGGUGCUGCUGCUGGGAGCCAACCUGAGUAAACCCAGCCAGAAACACGGAUCCCCCGAGAGCAGUGGGCAGGAGAACCUGCCCCCUGUUGGCGUGUUCUGGGACAUUGAAAACUGCUCUGUGCCUAGUGGUCGGUCCGCUGUUGCUGUCGUGCAGAGAAUCCGCAGCCGUUUCUUCCAGGGUCACCGGGAGGCAGAGUUCAUCUGCGUCUGUGACAUCAGCAAGGAGAACAAAGAGGUCAUCCAGGAGCUCAACAACUGCCAGGUGACGGUGGCCCACAUCAAUGCUACCGCCAAGAACGCUGCGGAUGACAAGCUGAGGCAGAGCCUGCGACGCUUCGCCGAGACGCACACGGCCCCCGCCACCGUCGUUCUCGUUUCCUCUGAUGUGAACUUUGCGAGCGAGCUGAGUGACCUCCGUCACAGGCACGGCUUCCAGGUUAUCCUGGUGCACAAGAACCAGGCGUCCGAGGCCCUGCUGCAGCACGCUCACCAGCACGUUGCCUUCGAGGAUUUUGUCUCCGAUCUACCUCCCAGAAUGCCUGUGAAACAGCAGCCUUGUUUGAACCUGCUAUAUGUCUACAACCUCCCCACCAACCGGGAUGGGAAGAGCGUGAGCAACAGGCUGCGGCGCCUGUCGGAUAACUGCGGGGGGAAGGUGCUGAGCAUGUCCACUGGCUGCGCCGUGCUGCGCUUCGGCAGCCAGGACGCCGCCGAGCGGGCCCGCAAGCGCAUGGAGAACGAGGACGUCUUUGGCAACCGAAUCAGCGUGUCGUUCUGCCCGCGGCCCAAAGAGGGGCCGGCGGGCGACGCGGCCAAGCUGCCGGCGCCCUCCUCCUUCCUCCCCGUGGAGAAGCCCCGCUCUCCCCGGCGCUCGGGGCGCACGGUCCGGCUCUGCCAGGGCGGCCGUGACGCCGCCGCCGCCGCCGAGCACGCCUUCAGCCCCAGGAAGGGCGGCUGUGCCGUCAACGGCCCUGCGGUGAAGAGCCUACAGGAGUUGUGCAGCCUGGAACCGAAGACCAGCUUCCAUCCGGAAAAGAAGAACCGCGGUGACACCUCGUCCCCGCACAGCAACAGCGAAAGCGCACACCAGCCCUCCUCCAAACUCGGGGCUGCUGCUGAGUCCGUGUACCGUGACAGGAGGAGGGACUGCUCAACGCCCCGCAGCAUGUCUGACUCCCCUGUGGAUAGGACAGACAGGAGCGUGGGGGAGUUCCAGGUCAGCACACCCUCUGCCUUCAGCAAGAUCAGCCUGCAGAGAACCUUCAGCCCCCUCGUCCUCUCCCAGGGCUCAUGGUCCUCCCGGAGCGGAUCCCCCUGCCUGUCCAACCGCUCCUCCCCCCUGAUGCCCCCCACCCGCAGCCCCUGCCCAGACGCCCCCUCAGAGCCCUUCUCCAACGGGGCAGACAUCCAAGUGGCCAACCUGGACUACAGGAUGUCCCGAAAGGAGCUGCAGCAGAUCCUGCAAGACGCCUUCUCUAAGCACGGACGGGUGAGGAGUGUGGAGCUUAGCCCCCACACAGACUACCAGCUGAGGGCCACUGUGCAGAUGUGCUCCCUACAGCAGGCCAUUAGCGCGGUCAGCAGGUUGCACCGUUACAAGAUCGGGGGGAAGCGUAUCCACGUUUCCCUCAUCACAGGUGCUAACAACAAGACUCUAACACACCUAAGCUCAGAAAUUAUAAGCAUUCUUCAGGACGCACCAGCCUGCUGCCUGCCCCUGUUUAAGUUCACUGAAAUAUAUGAGAAAAAGUUCGGUCACAAGCUGGCAGUGAGCGACCUGUACAAGCUGACCGAGGUGGUGGCAGUGCGGGACCAGGGCAGCAGCCGAUUGGUGUGCCUCCUGCCCAGCAGUCAGGCACGCCAGAGCCCCCUGGGGUCUUCCCAAUCGCACGACGGCUCCUCAGCCAGCUGCAGCCCCGUGGUGUUCGAGGAGCUGGAGUACCACGAACCUGUGUGCAAGCACCACUACACCCAGAACACCUUCAGUGAGUCAGACUUUGACCCAGAUUCCUACAAGAUCCCGUUUGUGGUGCUGUCCCUCAAGGCGUUUGCUGCCCAGGUGCACAGUCUGCUGCAGACUCACGAAGGCACAGUGCCCCUGCUCAGUUUCCCAGAGUGCUAUGCAGCCGAGUUCAGUCCACUGAAGCUGGGAGAGGAGGGCGAGGUGGAGGGGGCUGUCCCUCUGGAGCACCUAAUUACCUGCAUCCCAGGCAUCAACAUUGUCACGGCACAGAACGGCUUCAAAGUCAUCAAGUGGAUCCACAACAAGCCCCCGCCACCGAAUGCAGACCCCUGGGUGCAGCGCUGCAAGAGCCCUGUGGGGAACCCGCAGCUCAUCCAGUUCAGCAGAGAGAUCAUCGACCUGAUGAAGAGCCAGCCCUGCUGCAUCAUGCCCAUCAACAAGUUCAUCCCCUCCUACCACCACCACUUUGCCAAGCAGUGCCGCGUCUCGGACUACGGCUACUCCAAGCUGCUGGAGCUGCUGGAGGCCGUGCCUCACGUCCUGCAGAUCCUGGGAAUGGGCUCUAAGCGAUUGCUGACCCUCACUCACCGUGCCCAGGUGAAGCGCUUCACACAAGACCUGCUCAAACUGCUUAAGUUCCAAGUCAGCAAGCAGGUGGUCAUCCAGGACUUUAUGCAGGCCUACCACUGGUGCUUCUCCAGGGACUGGAGAGUUAUUGAGUACGGGAUGUGUGACCUGAUGGACCUGCUGGCCGAGAUUCCGGACACUACUAUCACCAUUACACAGCAAAACACCGACACGCUCAUCUCCAUUCCCAAAAGAGAGAGAACUCCUGAGGAGAUGGAGAGAACCAAGCAGUUUGCCAAGGAGGUGGUGGACCUCCUGCGCCACCAGCCCCACUGCCGCAUGUCCUUCAGCAAGUUCAUCCCGUCAUAUCACCACCACUUCGGCCGGCAGUGCAAGCUAACCUACUAUGGCUUCACCAAGCUGAUGGAGCUCUUUGAAGCCAUUCCUGAAGUGCUGCAGGUGCUGGAGUGCGGGGAGGAGAAGAUCCUGACCCUGACAGAGAUGGAGAAGCUGAAAGCUCUGGCUGCGCAGUUUGUGAAGCUGCUGCGCUCCCAGAAGGACAACAGCCUGCCCAUGAGCGAGCUGCUGACUGAGUACAGCAAGACCUUCGGCUACGGCCUGAGGCUGCAGGACUUUGAUGUCAGCUCCGUGCCGGCGCUGCUGCAGAAGCUUUGCCACGUUGUCAAGGUGGUGGAUGGACCCGAUGGCCGUGAGGUUCAGCUGAUCAACCGGAAGUCCUUGCGCUCGCUGACGACUCAGCUGCUGGCCCUGCUUAUGUCCCUGCCGGAUGGGAAGGACUCGCUGACCGUGGAAGAGCUCAGCCAGCAGUACGAGGCCGUCCACUCCGCCCCGCUCAACCCCUGCGAGUACGGCUUCGUCUCCCUCAGCGAGCUGCUGAAGAGUCUGCCGUACCUUGUAGAGCUGUCUGAGAGCGAGGGAGGCGGCGGGGAGGAGCAGGUGCGGCUGACCCGGCUCUACCAGUUCGCCCGCAGCGUCCGAGCGCUGCUGCUCACUUACCACUACAACCAGAUCUUCCUGACCGAGUUCUCCGGGGCCUUCAGCAAGUACACGGGCCGGGGGCUGCAGCCGCGCUCUUACGGCUACAGCACCGUCGACGAGCUGCUGGGGGCCAUCCCGCAGGUAGUCUGGAUUAAAGGUCACGGACACAAGAAGAUCAUUGUUCUGAAGAACGACAUGAAAGGUAGUGACAAGGGAGGAUUGAGUGCAAGGACAAGCCCAGUCACAACAGAAAGCCCCCAGCCAGAGAGGGAAGGCAGCGGGAGUCCUUGUAGUGCCACAGAACCAAGAGCACAGAGCCCAGCUGGCAGUGGGACAGAGACAGAGCUCCUGUGCCUGAGCUCAGGCUCACCUGUGGACCUCCUCUGUGGGCCGGUCCCAUCCUGCCUGCCCUCCCCCCAGCUGCACCCCGACCCUGUCCUGCCACAGCAGACCGACCUGAUCCGCUUUGAGGAGCAGCCCGCAACUCCCUUAGAGAGUGAGAAGCCGGAUGCAGUCUCUGCCGCUCCUGACGUCUGCGAAGGCAUCCAGGGCCUCAAGGACCCCGUCGCUUCCCCAGCCAGGGCUGCCCAGCUGCCACCUGCGGAGGUCCCGAGCGUGGGAAGCAAGCAGCCGCAGCCCCCCGCCCUCAAAGCCGCCGUGGCCACCGACAGCCCCAGCAGGAGGGCGUCUCGAAACAGAGUGAAGCUGGCAGCCAACUUCUCUUUCGCCCCCGUCACUCGCCUCUGAGGCUCUUCCCGUCCCCCAGCCCCCCCCAGGCACACAGACGCAGGGAAUGUUUUGGCAGCAUUCGGCCUUUCAGUUGCCACUUUUUUCUAUCCAAUUUAAUCUUCAAACUUAUUCUGUGCUUUGCCAACUGUGUUGCUAUAUAUAUCUUUUGCAUUUUCUUUAAGUAGUCAUACACUGUGUUGUCUUUUUUUGUUUUUUUACAUCAAGCUGUCAACUUCAUCUCGGCACUCUGGUAUUGUGAAUUUCAUGCAAGGAUGCAAAUUUUCAGUUUUCAAGUUGCUUUCUGUUGGGUCAUCGAAUAAGCAAUAUGAAUUGUCACAUUUGGUUCCAUAAUGAACUUUCUAUUGUUUUAAACCAUGUUGUUGUUCAAUGAAAUGCUGAAGGAAACUGGAAAAACCAGUGGCAAAAGUUAAAGAAGUAGUACAGUCGAGUCAGUUGAAGCUGCACAUAGAAGGGAAUCAUGAACUUACAAAUAGCAACGCUAUAGAGAAUGGGCUUUUUUAACGUCUUACACAUACAGAGAUGAAACCACUGAUGUGUUCUGGUUGUGUUGUUUAGGGGCCUGGUGAGUAAUGCUAGAUGGCAUCAAACCGAUAUUAAAAUAUUCUCAUCUCUAAUUUAUAACUAUUAUCCCGCUAUUGGUAGAGCUCAGCAAGACAAUAGAAUAUACAAUAGCAGACUGAGUCAUAGCAGCGGUAACUCAGAACAAGAUUAUAUUCAUAAGGUAUUUAAAACGGAGCACAAAUAUAAGUAUUAAGAUUGUUUUAAAAACAGGCGUGCCCCCUUCUGUUAGAACCUUUUUUUCCCUUCGGCUUACAAUGGAGCACUGAUCAGUAUUCAUUUUUUUACUCUAGAAUUCUUUAGAGUCCAACAUCUUUUUCCUCUGAUUUGUUAUUCAUUUAAUUAUUGGGGAAAAAAAACAUUCAUUAUAAGGUGUUUUGUUAAGCCUUCAUCUUAUGUCAUCUGGUUUAUCAGUGCAGCCUUUUAUGUAAAUCAGGAUGCAUGAAACCAGCUGGCGUUACCUUUUGAGUACGUUAAAUUUUGACUCUGGACGGCAGUCUUCGACGGACACGGCUUGCUGAUGAAUCCUGCGUCAGGGUAUUGUAACUGCUGGCUGUUGCAGUCAAUUGCGCUCUGAGAUGUGGGAUAACGCUGAGGCGUCACGAAUGUUGUGCCCAAGCUCUGAGGCGGAGCCCUGCCUUGAUGAGGCCGGCUGUGUGUCUCAGGAAAAGGCAGGCCUUUUAGCCUGUGGGGUCUGAACCCAGCAGCCUGCGUUCGCUGCGGCAGCCCCAACGGACGCCUUCUGGCUCUCCGUUAGUAGCUAUGAGCCGAGCACAAACAUAGUACUAUCUUUGUUUUUUGAGAGGUGUAGACGGGGACUGCGGUUGACACUUUGGGGCGUUGUGAAAUAUGCAUGUAAUGCAUAAAUCAGUUUAUGCAUGAUCAAAACAAAGGGUAGGAGUGAUGUUGGUAAACCGCAUUUUUUUAAUUAGCUUUGAGGGCCAUUUCCACUGUACUUGACACCGACAAGGGAUUGUAUGCAUCUCCUUUAUGGUUCCUGUGGAAAUGUCAAGGUUGUUUGCUUUAACCUUGUUGGUUUGUCUCUUUUUUAACAGAGCAAAAAAGCAAGAAAUUACCUUUUUGUGUUGGUGUUAGUAAUGCUUGAUUUGUAGAGGAGCUAAGCGCUCGCUCAUUUUAUUUCUGACAAUAAAAUGGUAGGUGUUUUUAGCACUGUGGUUUGAGCAGAGUGGAGCUGGAAAGCAAGUGCCUGAAUUGGAACACCACCCGGGGUCUCAGGGGCCCCAGGGAGCAGAGGGACAGACAGAGGCCUUCAGAGGUUCUCUGAACAGAGCCUGGCUUUUACAAUGGCUUGUAUCAGCCACGGCACACGCAAGAGUGACUGGCACAAUUCUCGGUCUCAUGCCCGUGUGGUUCGUAGAUUUUACUUGUGAGGUUAUCUUGUCUUUUUUUGUGAAACCAAAGGUGUAUCCUGCAUGUUGGAGUGUUGAUUGCAAUGUGCGAAGCAGUUGCCUAGUGCUCCUGAUGAUAUGCAGGACUGGAGAAAUGGGCUGUAAGUGAUGAGGAAAAGUGUGGUGGAGUCUAAAAGAAGAUUGACAUCCUUCUCUUAACUAUUUGAAUGCUGGGAAUGCAGCUUAAAUCAGAAAUGGGCAAAAGCCCAUGAGGCCCCUUCUCUUCAUGGAAAGGGUUGUGUCCUGUUCCAUUUCUUUUCCUUUUUUCCCCUUCAUUUCAGAUUUAUGUGUGAUUGUGUCCUGGUAGGUGUAUCAUACUUCAGUUUGUGACUCAAGAUUUCUUGAAGUGUUCCAAGGCUAGAUGUUAGAUGAUGACUGAAUGUUAUGAGUUGGGGGAAGAAAUCUCCCUGAAAUUUGUUUGGAUUCCAAGUGAUUCCUGUCAUCUGGGGUAUUGGAUGGCAAAUUAAACCAGAUGAGAGUAUAGAGAUCUUCAGAUAUUUAGUUAAUUAUUUAAAAAAUUUUAAGACCAGCUUUUAAUUAGUGUCAAGAAACCCUGUACCUUAAUUUUUCUGAGUGUGACAGUCAUUAUAGAGCAGAGACAAAAAAUAAGUAAAUAAAAAAACACAAGUUGCCAAAAAUGAUGCAUCUAAACAUUUAGCUGACUACUCAGUACAUUUUCGACAAGGUAAAAGCUGUGUACUUGGACACAUGAAUUAUCAAGCCCUCAAAGUGCAGUUUCAGCUUACUCAAAAUAAAUGAUUUUACAAUGUGUGCUUCCAUCGGAGGAAAGCUCGAGGUACUGUGUGUAUGCACAUUUGCAUAAUUUAGGUUGAUUCAUUUAGUAAAAUCCUGUGUUGUGGUUUCUUGAAUGAAUAGUGAAACAUCUGUGUUUGAGACCCGGAAGGCCUGCUGUUUUUUCCCCCCAGAAUUACUGUGUUUAGAUGUUGGUUUGUAUGUACCUGCUUCUCCGCUGUGGGGUCAGGGAUCCCUCAGUGCCCCACAGUUGAGCACGCAUGUUGGCGCUUUGGUUUGCACUUUUGUUCGGUACUGCUGUUGUCAGCAGAGCCCUGUUGUACUCAUCUGGAAGCCCUUCCAAACUACUGUUACUGUUUUUCCUGUAGAUGAACUUGUAGCUGCCCUGCACAUGAAGUUGAAGUUGGUGUACAUUUCUUUUCUUCCCUCCUCCUUCCCCAUAGAUGAGAAGUUGCUGUAGGAGUUUCAUUUUGUGAAGGGACCAAAUGAUUUAUGUUAAUAAAUCUCACAAUGAGCAUAACCUUGACUGUCUUGUU